AUGAUCAAAUCAAAGUUCAAAAGAAUGGCUAAUGUAAAUAGCACGUAUCGCCUUUUGCUAGCCAUUUUCACCUUAUCAAUGAUUAGUGCAAGUAUGAAUGAAGAAGAGCCAGCACCAGAUAGCGUUUUCCUAGCCCAAGCGGGCCAGACGGGGGAUGAGUUGAGAAGACCUGAGGAGAUUAAUCAAGAUACGAGUAGUGAUACCGAAGAGGAUAUAGAAACUAUCAGAGACGUACAGCUGGAGCUUGAAGACUUAACUUUAUCCUUGGAUGGUGCAGAAAACGAAAAUUGGAAUGAUGCGAUCAUGUCAGACUCAGAUGGUAGCUAUGAUAGUAAUGCAUUUGAAAGGUGCAUAGAGAAUAAAGCUGCAUUCUUCAUCAAACAGCUAAACAAAUUGAGCAAAAAUUUCAAUGAUGUGCAGACGAAUUUGGACACAGCAGAAGUUGAGCCAGCUGCUGCAAGCAACCAGAAGCAGCCUCAUUUGCCUAGAGCCAAUCCAAGAACUGAAUCUAUUGGAAGUACACUAGACAUCCAAAACUCUACAGAUGUACCAACUAGUUAUUUUGAUUCGAUGUUUAGAAAGUGGUACGGGUAUAUUCGUAUGGCAGCAGAUAGAUACCGUGUAGCUGAAAAAGAAGGUGAUGAGAAAUCUAAGCGGAUGCUAGGGCAAGAAAUCUUGAAAGGCAUCGAACUUCUGCGUAAAGUAAUUCAAGAUAUUAAUGAGUAUUGUUGUAAAAAACUAAUGUCUGAUCUGGAGGGUGAUUUAACUGAUUUGCUAAGAGACGGGCUAAAAGUUGUUUUAAAAAGAGUAAGCUCUGAAGUCGAACAUGAGUUAGAGCAUUAUAAAGACGAGCAACUGAUUAUAUUUGUCAUCAGUAUAUUUAGUCAAUGGUACAGGCUUCUAGAUGGACUAAAAAUGGAAUGGAAAGAGGCUAAUGAAAGUGAGGAUGAAAUAGCCAUCCAAAGAAUUAGAACAACCAUUGAGACUACAAUUGAAAACGCAGGCAAACGUGUAUGCAAAAGAUUGAACAAUGCUCUUGACAAGUUGGAACGGGAAUGGGAAAGUGAACUAAAUAAACAAUAA